CUACAUUGUUUCCAAGAGCUCACACUGUGUGCAUGCAUGUGUGUGUGUGUGGGUCUGAGUGUUAAGAUCUCCAGCUAGUAAAAAGCUUCAGAGAGAACUGCACUGUGUUUAUUUCCCUUCAGUUGGUUUGUGGGCUUCUGGAUUUUUUUUUUUUACCUCCUUUCUCUGGACUUACCAAGGGGGAAAAAAAUGCAGGACGUCUUUGGGAUCCUGUUGAUGUUCACAGGAGCUGCAUCAGGUUUGCUGUUUCAGGAUCCUGUUGUCUGUAGAUUUAAUGAGACUAAGCAGUGUUUUGUGGCUCUGGGACAACAACUGCACCUGAAAAUACCCCUGGAGGAAAGGCUUCGCCUUCAGUUCAUCAGUGAGACAUCUGGCGCUCGUUUCAUUUUCAGAUAUAGAAAAGCCGAUAGUCUCCCACCAAGACUACUUCUCCCAAGAUGGCAGUUUGUUAAUGAUAAUAAAACUCUGAUUCUCAGCAGUGUAGAGAGGAACAACUCCGGAAAAUACACUUUAUUCACCUUUGAUGCAAACGGGAAUACUAAAGGCGAAUAUAAUCUCCAGCUGAUCAUUGAAGCUAAAGUGUCUUCAGUAAAAGUGUCCUGCAGCUGCUUGGCAACUGAAGUCAUGAAAGUGGAUUGUUCUGCUGAUGGAGACAACCUCCGCUUCACCUGGACUUCUGAUUCAAACACAUUCCUUCAACUGAAGAACGAGAACAGGAGUUUUGAACUGGUUAAAGACGAUCAUGGAAAUGUCACCUGCCAUGUAGAAAAUCAUGUCAGCCGUGAAACCGAUACCACUGAACUCUGCUCAUGUCCUGAGCCCACAACUCCAACUACAACUUCAACAAUGAUGACCAGUACAAGAACCCCAACAACGCCAAGCUUUGGUAUGAAUUCCACAGUAAGCACCACAGAGACUAACAUCCCCAGUCAGGCUCAAUCCACGACCCCCCCAAGUUCCAAUAGUAACCAAUGGUUGCUCAAGUACAUUCUGAUUAUCCUGACCUCGGUUUGCAUGAUUCUCAUCAUGGUAGUCAUCUUGGCAUUGUACAAGUACAAGAAGAAACAAAACCAGAAGAACAAAGGAGGCACUUCUCAGGAUGGCAGGGAGCUUGUGUAUGCACAGGUCAGCCAUUUACCCACAAACAGGAGAGAACCAAGAUCCAGGACAUCUGGAGCUCAGGAUGAUGAAACGGAGUAUGCCAUGGUGGUUCCUCAAAACAACAGGAGGAAGCAGCAGAAGAAGACAGAGGACGAGGUGCAGUACGGCGAGCUGGUGUUCAACACUGCUGCCAAAAACAAGCGCAAGACUCCCAAAGAGCAAGACGAUUGUGUGUACUCACAGGUCCAGCAUUGUCGGUGAUGGACACACACACACACACACACACUGUGCUUGUCUCAGUGUGUCACAGAUUUAUUCUAUUUUUUUCCCCACAGCAUCAAACUGAAGAUCUUAAUAUCUUUUUAAAAAUAUGUAUUUUGCAAAAUCAUACUGAGAGAGGAAGUAGCUACUGGAGACAUUCCACCCUUGCACACUUAUCUCUUCCCCAAAAUAAAACUUCACUUAUUAUGAAGUGAAAAGAUUAAGUUGGAUAAAAUAGCGACUAGUUUUGUUCGCUCAAAAAACCCUGUGUUGAGUGCUGGGUUCAGAGUGAGGCAUUACUACUUUUUUUUUUUUCACACCAAAGGCAAACUCCUUUGAGAAAAAAAAAAAUCCAACCCAACAUUCAAACAAGUAACUGUUUCAGCAGAUUCAAUAGUUGGUCACACCAUUGCUGAUUUAUCAUGCAAAUUCUGUGCACUUGUAUCUGCACUCAUUUCCACAUUAGACUCCAGAAGAGCUGAAAAUAUACCAAACCCAAUCUUAAGAUUAAGACGAGAGAGAACUGUUUCAUGACAAGAUAUCAAUGCCAGUGAUGGGGUUUAUAAAUUAAAUAUAAUUUAAUUAACCCUUACAAUGAUCAUUGGUUCUGCAAGAAAAUGAUAUCUUCAUAAAUAUAUUUGAUAUUUAGAAAUAAAUGCUCAAAAUAGACAAUGUUCUCAUUCAUUCUCAUUAUCUCUAGCCGCUUUAUCCUGUCCUGCAGGGUCGCAGGCAAGCUGGAGCCUAUCCCAGCUGACUACGGGCGAAAGGCGGGGUACACCCUGGACAAGUCGCCAGGUCAUCACAGGGCUG